CCCGUCUCAGUAGCCCAACCGAAAUCCAACGGCCCAGACGAGAAAAUGAGAUGAAUUGUUUCUAUAUAAUGUAAGGUUUCAAUGCGAAACCCUAGUUGCUGCGUCUCUGCUGAAGCUUUUCCAAUGGGGGCGUACAAAUACGUGUCAGAACUAUGGAGGAAGAAGCAGUCUGAUGUGAUGCGGUUUCUACAGAGGGUGAGAUGCUGGGAAUAUCGCCAACAUCCAUCCAUUGUCCGCGUCACUCAUCCCACCCGCCCGGAUAAAGCUCGCCGUCUUGGAUACAAGGCCAAGCAGGGUUAUGUGGUUUACAGGGUCCGUGUGAGACGUGGUGGUAGGAAGAGGCCGGUUCCCAAGGGUAUUGUGUAUGGAAAGCCAACCAACCAAGGUGUUACCCAAUUGAAGUUCCAGCGCAGCAAGCGGUCAGUUGCAGAAGAACGAGCAGGGCGGAAGUUGGGUGGUUUGAGGGUUCUCAACUCGUACUGGAUCAACGAGGAUUCUACCUACAAAUACUAUGAGGUGAUUUUGGUCGAUGUUGCCCAUAAUGCGGUUCGCAAUGACCCAAGAAUCAGCUGGAUCUGCAAACCAGUCCACAAGCACAGGGAGCUCAGAGGACUUACAUCCGCCGGCAAGAAGUACAGGGGACUUCGAGGAAAAGGACACUUGCACCACAAGGCCAGGCCUUCUCGCAGAGCGACCUGGAAGAGGAACAACACUCUCUCCCUGCGUCGUUAUCGUUGAGUUUGGUAUUGUUCCUCUCUGGUUUAUUAUUCAUAUCAUGAGCAUUAUGUUUGUUGGGGAAUGCGGUGGAUGUUACUUUGAUCUAGAAAGUUUUGAACUUUUAUAAAUUACAUUGAGAAUUGUCAGGAUCUUUCUAAACUAACUGAUAAAUUUUGUGUUUAUUGCAGUCCCUGUUUUUUAUAUAUCAACCAUUUGUGUUGAACAAGUUUUGUUGAAA